AACAGAAGGUUUUGUGAUCUGCUCCGAUGAAUAUUCCGGCCACCGCUCAUGAACCGAACGUUGUCUCCAUCAACGUCGGAGGCAGAAUCUUCCAGACGACGAAACAAACCUUAACCUUAGCCGGAACCGAUUCUCUUCUCUCCCAACUCGCCACUGAGUCUACUACUCGUUUCGUCGAUCGAGAUCCCGCUUUGUUCUCCGUCCUUCUCUACAUCCUCCGUACGGGAAACCUCCCCGCGAGAUCAACCUCCUUCGACGUCCGAGAUCUCAUCGAAGAGUCCAGAUACUACGGAAUCGAGCCCUUCCUCAUCGACUCCCUCUCGAAUCCGUCCCAGUUCGAGGCCUUCGAUCUCCGUAAAUCCCGCAUCCUCCAAUUAAACGGACGAGACUCUCCGUCAACGAUCGCACCGGCGAGUAACGGCGGAGGAGGCCUCCACGUGGCGCACGGAAGCAAAAUCACUUCCUUCGACUGGUCGUUGCGGCGGAAAUCGACGGUGCUGACUAACUUCUCCGCCGUGGAUUCGCUUCUGGAGAUCUCCCCGGGAGUUUUAGCGGCCGGAGCCACCGACUUCCCCGGCUUGCAGAUCAUCGAUCUCCAAAACGGCGGAAACGUACGGACGACGCUGAACUGGGAGAACGUGGCUAGCUCGACGGUUCAAGGCGUAGGCUCUUCCUCCGAGUUUCUGUUCGCUAGCUUCGAAUCUAGCAGAAGGAACUCGAAUUCGAUUAUGGUGUACGAUCUCUCCACGUUGUUACCUCUCUUAGAGCUCGACCGUCGCGAUAUCUACGGUGCUGGAAAUGAUUCUGCGAUCCCGUCGAAUAAGUUGAGAUGGAUUCAGAGCUGUAACUUGCUGAUGGUCUCUGGCUCUCACGCUAGUCCGUCUGGCGUGAGUGGUCACGUGCGGUUUUGGGAUGUUAGGUCGAGGAGUAUGGUUUGUGAGAUUAAGGAGAGGGAAGAUUGUUUCGCUGAUGUCGCUGUCUCGGAGAAUCUCUCAGCGGUUUUCAAGGUUGGUGUGGCUUCAGGGGAGGUUUUCUACAUGGAUUUGAGGGGUUUAGGAGUUAAGGAUCAGCCAUGGGUUUGUCUUGGGGAAGAGAAGAAGAGAAGUUUUAAUGAGAGGAAAGGAGUUGGGUGUAAGAUAGAGAGCUAUGGGAAUCAUGUGUUUUGUAGUAAAGGGAGUGGGAUCGAGCUUUGGUCUGAAGUGAUUACGGGUUUGGUAGGGAAUGCGAGCCGGGAUGUAUUAGAAGAGAGGGUUUUUAGGAAAAAUUCGUUCGCGGCGGAUUCAGGAGAAAACAAGAUUACUGGAUUGACGUUUGGAGGGAGCAGGAUGUUUGUGACCCGGAAGGAUCAACAGUCUAUCGAGGUUUGGCAGAGUCCGAGUCGUGGAGUAUCGAUGUAAUGUCCCCCAGUAUCAAGCGGGUUUAUCUACCUGAGCUAGUUCUGUAAUUGGAGAGGCUGUUAUUACCGUUACCAACUUCGGAUUCAUGAAACAUGAUACCGGAAUAUGGUAUGGCUCCAACAGCCAUUUGCAGUUCUCCAAACAUAUUAUUGUUAUCUCUCUGCUGCGAAUAAGUCGUAGGAUUCAUUUGCAGUCCUCCGAACAUAUCAUUGUUGUCUCGCUGCUGUGAAUAAGUCGUAUGAUUCACUUGUGCCAUCAGAUUAGGUUGGGAAGCUGCCGGAAAACCAGAAAAGUAACCAUUGUUGUGAAACGGAGAACUCUUGUCAUAUCCUUGUCCUCCUGUGAAUCCUGUCUGAAAUUCAUAAAGAUCAGAGAACUGAGGUACUACUGGUGGUUGCAUCGGUUGGUAGUUGUUACUUGCUAAAGAAGUUACCCCUUGGCUUGAGGAAGGAAACAACGAAGAACCUACUGGAAAGCUCUGCAACGUUGGCGAUGAAGACAGCUGUGGCACAUAGGGUAUCGCAAAGUUAUCAUCUUUCUUUGUUUCGGAUCUGUUUUUGAUGGUGUUGGCUUCUCUCGUCUUCUUUUGUCUCUGUCUUAGCUUUGGAGCUUCAAUGGCCAAAACAACACUCUUCUUCUCA